CCUAAACCUUCCAAUUUUCUUUUGAUUAACCAUGAACUACCAACUCCCACAAAAUCCACCCACCAAAACCAACACUCAUAAUAAUUCGACACCCGCUAUUCCGUCAUACACUACCUGCUCUUGUUUCUUCUGCAUCAUGUCCGAAACAGUUCCUCCCCUUAGAAGAGCCAAAAUCGCUCGCUACUUCAAACAAAUGCCUCUCAGAGACCACCAGGAACACAUCCUCGCGUUAAGUGGCCUCUGGAAAAUCGCCAUAACAAACCCCAACGACCCUGAAUUUCCUUCUCUUGGGAUCUUCAGAUGCAUGGCCAAGUUAAUUCAGAAAGGUGUUAACCACAAAGAUUGGCUCCUUAGGUGUCAGAACAUGUAUGUCCCUUAUUAUGCAGCACACAUAAUCGGUUCUUACACCAUGAACAAACCCAAGUUCGCAGAUAAAGCUGUUAAGUCCAACGUGGUUCAACCACUCAUGGAACUGCUUCGGGGAAAGAUUAGUUGGGUUGAGCAAAGAGUUGCACUUCGCGCACUGGGUCAUUUGGCGAGCCAUGAAGCAACUUUUGAAGCUGUUGCUGAACAUGAAGCUGAAGUGAUAGAAGCAUCCAUUAACAUAGCUUCCACGUGCAUAAAAGAGGUGUAUGAGAAGUUCGUGGGGUUGAAGGAAUCAGAGAGGUUGGAGUAUCAUAGGAACUUGCUGACACGAGGGCAUGGAGACUUGGAAUUGGAGAACAGAAAAGCAGAAGAAUGGGCUAGCCAGCUUCAGUGUUGGUCUCUCUAUCUCUUAGAUUGCUUUGCAUGUAGAGAAAGAUCUCUGGGGCUAAUCUGCAAAAAGCAAUUCUUGAAGGACUUGUGUGGAAUGUGGGGUGGUUUGUCAAACCCAACUUCACCUGCUGGAAUAGGACUUCUCAGAACUCUUUGUGGCGCAAAAAUAGGGAGAGAAAGUGUUGCAAAUUUGGAAGAAGUGGUAGUGAAUCUUUGUAACGUGUCAAGAUCCUCAGAUGAAAGGCAACGCAUGGCAAUUGAUAGUCUCUUGCAACUUCUCAAAGAUCCAGUUACAAGAUACAAAGUAAUAGAUAUAGCUGUUCCAGUUCUUGUUGAUUUGGUUGAGGUUAGAAGCAUGGGAGGGAAACCCAAAGUGGGGCAAGAAAUCAUGCAGAUACUCUUGCAGGAUUACCACAAAAUCAAAUUUGGUGAGAUGAAGCUGAAGAGUGAAAGAACCAAGAGAGCGUUAGAAGAGUUAUGGGAGUUGAAGGUGGAGAGAGUAAAAAAAGAAAGCUUAAUGAGCGAAGAAGAAAUAAGAGAAAAAGAAGUGUUGGCAGGUAUUUUGAAACAACAAGGGAACAUGGAAUUUGGGUCAGGGGAGAUAGAAAAAGCUGUGGCGAAGUACACAGAGGCUUUGAAUUUGUGCCCAUUAGAGACCAAAAAAGAGAGAAUCGUGCUUCAUAGCAAUAGAGCACAGUGCCACUUGCUUCUUAGAGAUCCAGAAGCUGCACUGAGUGACACCACAAGAGCUUUGUGCCUAUCGAAUGUGGCGAGUGCGAGUCUCCACAGUAAGAGUCUGUGGAGAAGAUCACAGGCUUAUGACAUGAAGGGGCUUGCGAGGGAGAGUUUGAUGGAUUGUUUAAUGUUCAUUAGCAACCGAUUUGGGUCUCAGCACGCGAAGGGAUUCAAGAUCCCACACUACGCGGCACGAAUGGUUAACAAACAGAUGAACGCCACGUGGCUCUUUGGUUCGGCCAAGUCGUCAAGUUGGCAUGGCGCACUGCAGGGAGGAGUUAAAGAGUUUGUGGUCCAAAAGAAAGUUGAUUCUCUCAAGUUGAGGAUGAGAAGAACAUCGUAAGGUACUAAGUGGUGAAGGUGAACUGUUUCUGUGUGGAAAAUUUAUGUUUUGUUUCCCGUGUUCUUAGACAGUGAUGUAUGGUAUGUAAAAGCUCAUGCAUGGUACUGUUGAAUAGUUAUUAAUUGUACUGGACCCGGGUAGGUAUUCGGUACACUAAUUACAUACACCUAAUGUUUAUUUAGGAAAAUAAUCUUUUUCACGGUUAGAGGAUAUACUUAUAUCCGUACGAUUACAAAAAAAA